CUCAGAUCUGGGGGUAAGAAGGAAGGAGGACUCAGUCCAAAAAUCCCAGCUGAACUGCUGAUGCUGGGCUGAGCUUAGCUUUCCUCUGGCAGAGAGGAACAUGGGUGUUGCUGAAGAUUUGUCUGUGCUGAAGACAUCCUCUGGGGAAGGCUGAGCUGGAGCCUGGGGACAUGGCGACAAGGAGGCUGGGGAAGAAGGACAGAGGCCUCUGUCCUCUGCAACAAGCUGGGCAGAAGCUGGAGCUGAGGGACAGACGGCAGAGAGGAGGGAGCGACGCAAGGGGAAAGCACAACCUCAGGCUUGCACUCAGCAGAAGCCAAGCGCCUGCUCUUUGCCCCACCCAAGCACAGGGCCCAAGAACAACCUCCUCCCUCCUCCCAAAAGCCGACAGCGGAAGGCACAUUGCAGACUGAAAAAGGAAGCUGCCAAACUCUUCAGACUGUUUUCAUCAGCUUUCGCUUCACCCAUCGGCCAGCCUCAGCCACAUCCCCACUUCUGUACCGCCCCGCGCGCUGCUGGGACCCCCCCGCAGCCAGAGCCCCAGCAAAAUCCACGCAAGUAGCUGAGAAGGCUCCAGAACUGGUUUCAACAACUUUUCGAGCUUGGGAGAUCAUCGAGUGUCUGGCAGCGACGCUGACAGUAAUCGCCUCUGCAGGGGGUGGCUAAAACCAGAGAAGGAAAGACGACGAAUGUGCAAGUGAGGGGCAGAAACAGCUGUGCCGCUGGUAAUCUUCGCUGUAGAGAUGCUUUUGGAGAGUUAAGUGGGAAACUGAAAUGACUGAGAUUUCACACAUUGCUUAGGCUGAAUCCCUCUUCAGUCCCUUUUGAAGUAUCCCUGGUAUCAGCAACCAGCUCAAGGCUGGAGCACCAGGUGGGAGGAAGGGACAGCAGUGAAGGUGCUGUGCUCCCGGAGCAGCUUCUUGUACAUCAGCUGGCCCAAGGCCGUUUCACCCCGCACUGGUGUGUCUCUGGGUGCUGGGAGGUGGGCCAGCACGGCGCGCCACUGCACUACGUGCCUCGUCUCGCCCCCAGGACGAGAUGGCCGCCCUCGUUGCUGAGAACUUCCGCUUCCUCUCCUUGUUCUUCAAGAGCAAAGACGUGAUGAUCUUCAAUGGUUUGGUGGCCCUGGGCACAGUGGGGAGUGAGGAGCUCUUCUCAGUUGUUGCCUUCAACUGCCCCUGCUCCCCUGCCCGCAACUACAUCUAUGGGCUGGCUGCCAUCGGCGUCCCAGCCCUAGCCCUCUUCCUCAUCGGUGUCAUCUGGAACAACCACACCUGGAACCUGGUGGCCGAGUGCCACAAGCGUGGCACCAAGAACUUCUCUGCCGCUGCCACCUUCCUCCUCUUCGGGUCCAUCAUGGGCCGGGCGGCUGUGGCACCCGUCACCUGGUCGGUCAUCUCGCUGCUGCGCGGGGAGGCUUACAUCUGCGCCCUCAGCGAGUUUGUCAGGCCAUCCUCCCUGGACAAGUUCCCAGCUGAGUAUGGGGCCGAGGUGCUGGCCAGGUUCCCCUGUAAAGAUGUACCAGCGAACCUCACCAAGUUCAGGGACGAGGUGACACGGAGGCUGAGAUAUGAGUCCCAGCUCUUUGGCUGGCUGCUCAUUGGCAUCGUCGCAGUCCUGGUUUUCCUCACCAAGUGCCUGAAACACUGCUGCUCACCACUGAGCUACAGGCAGGAGGCUUACUGGGCCCAAUACCGCUCCAACGAGGACAAGCUGUUCCGACGCACGGCCGAGGUCCACUCCAGGAUCCUGGCAGCCAAGAAUGUGAAGCACUUCUUUGGCUUUGUGGCACUAGACAAGGAGGAGAAGGAGCUGGUACAGGAGUUCCCAGUGGAGGGCGUCCAGCCGAGCCCCCAGUGGAAUGCCAUCACAGGUGUCUACAUCUACCGGGAGAACAAGGGCUUCCCCCUCUACAGCCGGCUCCACAAAUGGGCCAAAGGGGUGGAAGGGAACGGGCCAAGCCCAGAAGGCCACGAAAUGCUCUUUUUGGCUUCCUAAGACAGACAGGUGGUGGCAGAAGCUCCCCAGACUGUCUGGCAGGCCUACCAGAAUCAGCGUGUGACUGAGGGAUUCACUGGGAAUAUUCCUCCCAGAAGGAUUACUUCUCUCAGUGGGUAAACAGGGAUCAACAGCCUCAAGGUAGAGACUGAUAAGCAAUACACUGAGCUAGGGAACCCCUCCCUUGGAGACAACUAUCUCCUUGCUGCUUCCAGAGACCCAAGGGGAACAAAGAGCAGAUGCACACCUAACCUCCAGGCUGCCAGUGCACCCUGCUGUCUAAUGCACCAGCAGAAGCUCUGGGGAGCAAGAGAUGGGCAUGACUUUUCUGACUGCGAUUCCUGCAGUCCCACUUGUCUCCCCCAUGGCAGGGUUAGCCCCAGCCAUCCUGCACACCUGCUUGUUUCAUUGACAUUGGUAUCUUCUUAUGCAGUUGUGUGGUGCCUGUUGCAGAGGCAGGUCCCGGACCACUUCACAGCACAGGGAAAAGAGGAAAGCAGUGGGUAAAUUCCUGUGGCAAGGUGGGGUGCAAUAGCACCUGGGAAGGAAUGGGUCAGUAAUACAGCAGCAUAUCAAAUAACUGAGAGACUAAGACAGGAGGAAUCACCAAUAAUUCCUGGUAUUCAGAAAGACACUCUGUAAUUACCAAGUUGGAAUUUGGGUAGGACACCAAACUCCCUUUGUUCUUACUGAAGUGCCUAGCAAUCUCUAAUGAGCCCAAAUGGUCACAACCAUGAGUUUAUAAACCCAGAAGAUGGCACCAUCAGCAGAAUAGCUUUCAGGCCAGGUGGCGGCUGAGAGGAAGGAGCACCCGCAGUGAGCCACACCGCAGCUCAUUGCAUUUCUCAUCCAACCAUCAGAUCAGAGUCCUGCUUGUUUGGGUUGCGAGUUGAAGCAAGACCUCAACCAGAAUUAGUUUUCAAUAUAUGUAUAUAUACAGGUAUAUACAGAGAGUAUAUAUACUAUGUAACUGUAGUUAAUGGAACAUCUUUCUUCAGGGGAAAGGGGAUGAGAAAGUUGCCAGCCAAAAGACCACAGUACAUGCACCCAUCUGCUGCACUGGGACUGCAGCCCUGGAGUGACGAGGGACAGCAGGAAUGUGAUGGGAGGAGCAGCCCUCUCCCUACCCUUCUACCACUGAAUUUUCUUAAACUUUUUCCACUGCCUUAAACAGUCCCUGCAGCAGAAGGCCUCUUUUAUGGACUUGACCAUACUCUGAGAAAGCAAAGUCAGACAGGUAUAAAAUUGUUGCCCUCACCAUGACGCUGUGCUGAUUGUGGCUUCAAGGCUGUUCUUCUGGCACUGCACAGUUCCUUCUCUCCCGAGGGUCAGUUUUAUGUACCCAACAGUGUUUUAAGAGUUGGCAGGACAGUGAAGUUUGGUUUUCCUACUUGUAUUGUUUCUUUAUAGGUACAACUUCCUUUUACACUGUCCCAUUUACUGAAAAGCCUUAAAUUGUUCAAAAAACAACUCAAACCUACAGAACUCAGAGCGGAUUACACACAAGGAGAUUUGAAAUAAAUUAUUAAAUGAGUUUUUUUCAUUGC